AUGAUUUUACAGAAUGAGAAAAGUGCAAGAAUUUUCAAAAUUAGCCAUGGAAAGAAAUCAUUAUUGGGUGGAAGAAGGGAGUUGGAAUACAGCAUUGUCACCACCUGGGACAAUCUACCAGUGACACACAGACCUAUUACUUUCCACUUCAAACCAGGGGAUCAAGGAUUACUGGUGGAAGUGAGUGCCCCCUUCUUUGAUCCUGCAACACCGCCUGGUGCCCCAGGCCAAGCUUUUAAUGGACUCUGGGAUUGUGGAAGCAUUUUUUUUCUGAACAGCACAACCAAAGAAUAUUUGAAAGUAGAACUUUGCCCGCUAGGACAACAUCUAGUCCUCUUCCUCUCUGGUGGCGAUGCUUUCACAGGAAAGUUGGAUUUAAAUUUUAGAGCUGACAUAGGUGGGAAUGAGUAGAAUGGAACUGCACUUCUUCCUUGGGAAUAUUUCCCACCUGGAAUUGACAAGAUGAAUUUAAAUGCCAUCCAUGGAUCUGGGGAUAGAGGAAUUUAUGAAGCUCUUUAUCCAAUACCCCAUGAAGAGAUUGCAGCUGGACAAGGGCCCGAUUUCCAUCUCCUGGAGCAUUUCAAACCCUUCCAUCUGAAGUGGGUGAUGGGAGACAAUUGGGAGCAGCCCCGUUCAAAGCUGUGGCCCUAG